AUGGAGCGGCAGAGUCCCGCUGCAGGGCGCUGCGCCGCGGGAGCCCAGGCUGGUGCGGAGCCCGGCGAGCUCCUCCAGCGAGCCCUGGAGUUCAAGAGCCAAGGGGCGCAGUGCUACAAGGACAAGAAAUUCCGCGAGGCCAUCGGCAAGUAUCACCGGGCGCUGCUGGAGCUGAAGGGGCUGCCGCCGCCGGCCCCGCCGGAGCCCAGCUCCUCCGCCAGCUGCGCCGCCAGCCCGGGGGUCCAGCUCACCGCGGAGCAGAGCCAGAGCGCGGAAAGCAUCGAGAUCGAUUGUUACAACAGCCUGGCAGCAUGUCUGCUCCAGGCUGAGCUGGUGAAUUAUGAGCGAGUCAAGGAGUAUUGCCUCAAAGUGCUUAAGAAGGAAGGAGAGAACUUCAAGGCACUGUAUCGAUCGGGCGUAGCAUUCUACCACCUUGGUGACUUCAACAAGGCACUGGACUAUUUGAAAGAAGCAAGGUCCCGACAGCCGACAGAUACCAAUGUCAUACGGUAUAUCCAGCUGACGGAGAUGAAGCUUAGUAGAUGUUCCCAGAGGGAGAAAGAAGCCUUGUAA